AAAAGAAAAAGAAAAGGAUGUGGCUGCGAGUGUCCCGCGUGGGAAAACGCAUCCUGUGCGCGCGGCCUCGCCUGUGGAAAUGCGGGGGAAAUGCGAGGAACACGCCCCGCGCGCCCGCGCUGGGAACCGCGCUGCACGGCGGACCGAGUCGGUACCGGUUCAGUACGGCUCGAACCGGUACCGACUCGGUCCGGGUUGCCACCGGUACGCCGACUAGUACCAGUUCGGCGUACCUUGGUAUGUAUAUAUACAUGUGCAUGUGGAUAUGUCUAUAUAUGCAGUAUACUUAUAUAUAUGUGUAUGUGGAGAGAUUUAUCAAAUCCACUUACCAAGUGCAGAUUAAAACCAUGGGUUGCUUUUUCCUCUUCUUUUUCUCUUCCCCUUUGCUUCUUUAUAAGGUCAACCGCCCAACUUAUCACCCAAUUAGAGCUGUUGUCCUUACAUCCAAGUAGCUUAUAUCCUUUCCCCCUCUUUUCUAUAAUAUUCUUCACUGUUUUAUCCUUUGUUUCACUAAUCUACUCAACCAUACCAAGCCAAAUCAUGAAUUGGGAAAGAGAGAGUUCAAUUGGAAAGUUCCAUGGGUAGAAAGGAAGACUUUGAAGCCGGGGUUGCCGUUUUCUCAAAAAAGUGAUCAGGGCUUAAAGGUGUCAAGGAGGGGCUCAGUUUCAAGGAAUCCAGCUAAUGUCCUUGCAAUACAUUCAUUGGCUUCUCUUCGCUAGCAGGGCUGGAAACAGGUUGGGCUUAAGACUUGCCCCUUCUAGCCUUGGCUUGAUAUGACUUAUUGUAGUUGUAUUAAAUCUUGUCUGGGGUCCAAAAUGAAAAUGUGGAGGCUAGUUUUUAAUUUGGUUCAAGCCCGAAAGCUAGAGGCUCAAUCCUAGCUUCAACUGAGCCCAAGGCUCGGGGAUGGGCAGAGUGACAAAGAGUUAGGCUGUAAAGUUGCAACAGUGGCACAAUGUGGAGUUUGAUGUCAAUGAGAUGAACUAGUGAUGGAGGCUCAAUGAUCGGAGAGCACAAAGAAGUGUAGAGGACUAGAUGAGGAAUAAAGGAGGCAAGAACCCAAGGAGGAGAGUGAAGGAAGAGAGGUUGUUGGAAGGGGAGACAGGAGCGCAGUGAAGGAAGAGAAUUUUUUGGAGGAUAAGGGAAGAGGGGAAAUGGAAGAUUGGAGGAAGGGGGGACAGAGGUGGAUGAGAGAGGAGUUCAUGACAGUGGAGAGAUGGGAUUAAAGGGGUGGAGCAGCCAUGGGAUGGUAAAGCAGUGUGUGGUGCUUGGCAAGUGGAAGGGUGGAUUCAUGAGGAGAGCAGUCAACAUGUGGUAUGAAGGGGAGGAGAUUGACAGACGAUAGAGUGCCUAGGGCUUUCCAUUUGUUAAUGGAGAAUGAGAUAGAAUUGACAAUCCUAGAAUCCAUCAUAGAGAAAUGAAUGGCCAGGAAUUGAUAUAUGUCUGCGAGUUCAGGCUUCAAGCCUAUCCGAGGCUAUUUGAAGUAUGACAUCCAUUCCACUUUAUCUCUGCAUGGCCUGAAUUUUAGAAAGGUUUGUGUCAGCCUGGUUCAAGAACAGCCCACCCUGAAAGGCUCUGAACCAGUCCAAGCCUGUUUCCAACUCUAUUCCCUAGGCAUACAAACACUAACAUCAAAAAGAUUUGUUUUUGUGAAUGGUCUUUAACUCUUUAUUGUCAGCUUUCAGAGCUUUCUUUCUUGGAGACAUUCUGAGUAGCAGCAUUUGAAGGGAUCUAGCAGCAUGGAAAAUGCAAGAUGGAUAGGUGGGGAAGGCAAUGAGGGUAAAAGUGUCAAUGGGCUGCACUAGCCCAACUAGCAAUAAUGACCAUGCCUGUGUAGUUGAGCUCCAAGCUCAGAAAUUUGGCCCUUCGUUAAGGCCCAGCCCUAAAAGCUUGAAACAUGAAUCCAUUCAGAAUGAGCUUGAGCUUAAGUUCCUAGAGAAAUGAUUAGACAAAUCUAUCUAGGGGCUUUUUAUCAUUUAUAUGAAGUAUGAAUUUCUUUGGACUUUACAUAACCACAUGGACCAAGCCGGUGCAGCUGAGACAUGCAAGUUUGGUGAUCAAACCACAAGCGAUGUCACUGUUCGCUUAAGAAACAGAGAUGGGAGGCCAGAGUGGUUCCACUGCCACUCGUCCAUAUUAAUGAAAAAGAGCAAGUUCUUUGCAAACUGGAUUUCUAAACAUCCUACUUAUCCAAGUCCUGAAUCUAAUAACUGCAUCGAAGUGCACUGCCCAGGAUCUGAGUUGGAUCAUUAUGUUAAGCUCUUGAAGCUAAGCUACCUCUCUGAAGAGUCAGUUUCAGACUCAUGGGAUUCUGUAAAAUCCUCCCUUGGUGUUCUCCGAGCUUCCAUUGCUCUUCAAUGUGAAACAAUCACCAAGAGCUGCAUCCAGUACUUGGAGGCUGUGCCAUGGGACGAAAAGGAAGAGGAGGAAAUUUUAAAAGUCGUUCCAACCUUAGGUCCGGAAGCCAUGCCCAUACUGGCACGGGUCCAACCUGUCGACACCAAUGCCACAAAGACUGUUUUCAUCUCUGCAAUUCGCCUUGCUACAACUCUCGAAAAUUCGUUUCCUCCAUUUACAGAUGAACUGAAGACUUCUGCUCAGGAACAAGUAGAGUACAUGCUUCUAGAGGAUGAAGAGACUUCAUUAAUAGCAGUGGAUGAAGAAGUGAAAUACGAAGCGAGGUCAGGCCUUGGGAAGAUGUUCACCAAUUUUGAGAAGGGACUGAGUUUGCUGCCCUCGGAGUUUGAUCGGUCACCAGAAGCGGCAGAGCAGAGAGUCUUGCAGAGCCUAUCGGACCUUGAGUGGAUCUGUAGCAUACUACCAAAAAUGGAAAUGAUGAAGGAUUUCGUUUCCGGUUGGGCUUGCAUAUCUGAUCAUGUGCUUGCAGUGGUUCAAGAUGAGAAGUACAGCUCUGGCUUGUGGGCGAUCAAAGCAAAGCUCAUAGAAGUGACAGGGAAGGCUCUGGAUGCCAUUGGGUAUGGGAAUGUGGUUCUUCCGGCACCAUCGAGGGUCCAGUUCCUCAAGACAUGGCUGCCUUAUAUUAGGAAGCUGAAGCCCUUGCUGGAUUCAAAGAGUGCCGAUGAUGAAGCAUUUCCUUACAAGAUGGACAGCGAUCUGUGCCAGAAUAUUGAAGGGGCUAUCACCUCGCUGGUGCUUGCAUUGCCAUCAAAUGAUCAGGCAGACAUACUCAUGGAAUGGAUGCAGAGGACCGAGCAGUUGAAAUAUCCUGAUCUCAGUGAGGCAUUUGAAGUAUGGUGUUAUCGGACUAAAUCAGCAAAGCGGAGGUUGGUGGUAGGUUUCAAAGGAAUAGACAACCCGACCAUCAGCUUCUGAUGAGUCCAUUUCUUAAUUUUCUAUCAGUAGGAGGCUUUAGUUGAAUUCUCAUUGUUGCAUGUUGCAACAGAUGAUAACCUGUCUUUGUCUAAAUCAAUCAUGGCUUCUUAUUUAAAGCAUGUUUUGGAGUAAUGGUAUUUCUGAAGAACCAAGUCUCGAGCACAUGGUUCAAACUUCUGAAUCUCCUAUUAAAAUGUGAUGGCAAGCUUCUUCAACCAAGUGCAGAUUUUGACAGAGCAACUAACCAUCGAGUUCUGCUCUACUAGGGUUGGAUUUUUAUGCUGAACACAAUGUUCCAUGUUUACUUGUCAUGCAGUGAGGAUGAUGGAUGGCUCUUUUUUAUACUAAUCACUGCAUGUCAUUUUUCAUCAUUGGUUCCAAA